AUGAAGGUCUCCGUCCUCGCCCUUGCCGCCGUUCUCGGCUUGACCUCUGCCCAGAAGGCUGUCGUGGUCAACAACUGCAACUCGGCCAUCUACGUGCAGUCCUACCCCUACGACGGUAGCAGUCCCGGUCCUCUCACCACGGUGAAGCCCGGCAAGUCCUUCUCUGAGGACUUCCGCCCGUCUGGAUCUACUGUCAAGCUGGCCAAGACCAAGACUCUCAGCGAGCCUCUGUUUUUUGGCUACUCCUUCUCCAGCGACCCCGACUAUGCGUACUAUGAACUCAGCUCUGAAUGGGGAAACCCCUGGAUCAAGGACCGCAACACUCUGAGCCCCGGAGCAGGAUGUGAGAAGUUUGACUGCGCCCCCAACGACAAUAGCUGCUACAGCACCCCUGGCCACAAGAAGGUCUACGGCUGCCCCCAGCCCGUGGACCUGACUGCCACCAUCUGCAAGCAGUAG